AUUUUGUAUCUAAUCGAAUCCAAUAUGGCGUACAUCAAGAAGAACCCAGAUGCCCAAAGGCCAUUGCAGGCAAGCUACUCUUUGAUUUUAGAACUUCGCAGAUCAAUUUAGACAUUGAAUAGUGGUAUAUGAAGCAAAAAAGUUACGUUCAGUAUCGAUUGAAUAACCAAGAAUGACUAAUAUGUUGCUAAGCACCGACGUUGCUUUGUGGCGCUCUGGGUUUGUUGUGAUAUUUUGCGAGGUCAAAUGUUGUUGCUCUUUUAGUGGAGUUGAACUUUUAAGAUGAUUUCAUUUCCCUCGUAAAAUUUCAGUGCCAACUAUGUCAUUAAAAUUUAGCAAAAUCGUUCAUAAUAACCUCAAGGGAAUUUGCCAGACUUAAACAGAUCGACUCAGAUUUGCACAAUUUUAUAUGCUUAAAUCAUUCGGCAAUGACCUUUAUGUAGCCGGACAGGCUAUUAGGGUGCCUUUUUUGGGCAAAUCCAAAUCCGGAUUUCCGAAUCCAAAAAUGGAUUUUUCGUUUGUUUGGGCAAAUCCAAGAAGGGAUCAUGAAUCCAUAAAAUCCACACUCUUGGUGGAUUCUUUUUUCCCAACAGAUUUUGUACAUUUAUGCAAUAGGACAUUCUAACUAAACCUAUGUUGGUGGUGCCUUACUUUGAGCCAGAAGUUACACAUCACUCCGUGUUUGUCAUUUAUUUACAUUCGUUGACUGUUUUUAAAACCCUGCUUGUCAUGUUUUUGCACCACGUAUGUAUUGUCUGCUUUUAUGAAUCGGUCUAUAUUUUCCAAGUAAUUUAUAUAAAAAAACAAGCAAUUUAUCAGAUUCAGUUUUAUAUCCUUAUAAUUUACUAUCCUAAGGUGAAUUCUAUUCAAGAAAUGUUUGUGUUUCAAACCAAAAUAUAUACAUUUCAUAAACUCAUAUGUCGUUUAUGUUGCUUAUCCUUCUUGUCUUCACCGCAAGAAUAUGUUUGUUGUUUUUUUUCCCUCUAUUUUUCUCAUUGCAAGGAGCAUAAGGACAUCCGAUAAUGUCAUGGUAAAUGAUUCUUUCUCGGACCUUCCAUUUUUUGGUAGUGAAGAGUCUGUAUGAUCUGAGAUCACAAAUCUGUUUUUGGUUUCUUAAAAAAAAAUAACACACCCUUUUUAGUUAUCUGCAAGCAGAUAGCUAAUUAAUCUGUAGGUUGCACUGAUUUUCAAAAUUAUCUGUAGUCUUUUAGCCAGUGAGAAGACAGAUUAAGUGAGUACAAUGUACAAUGAUAAAGAUUGGUUGAAGAAUUAUUCUUUUGUAAUGUGUGUUUGAAAAAAAAUAUAUUGUCAAAUUAACCCUCGGACGUACACACAAAUUCAUAGCCCCACCAUUAUACAAGUCAAGAGGGGGGAGGGAUGGAUGGAACCCCUCCCCGGAUUUUUUGAUACGUGUAUGUUGCAGUAUUUUGAAAUGAUUUUACCUCUAGUGGAAAGCCUUUGAUCUUCUUAACAAGAUAAGGCAUGUUUUAUGGGUGGUGGCACUGCUGGAGGCCUUUGACGUCACCAACAACAAUGGUCAACAUCUUGGCCACCAUCUUAGAUUUUACCAAGAAUUAGAAACCGGGUUAAAACUGCAAGAAAUAGUAAUUUUUUGUGCUUUACAUGAAAAAUAACACAGAAAUAAACACUUUGCAUGAUUUUAGCCACAAGAUUUACUUUUAUUGAAAAAAAGAUGUAUUUUCACCCGAAAAUGGCUUGACCACUUGCUCAGAUGCAAAGAAAGUCAUUUUUAAAUCUUGCCAUUCAGGCAAGCUGAAGCUAUUAUACUAGCCCAAAUGUCAUUCAACUAGUCCCAAAAACGUUUGAUGAGCAAAAUUGAUUUCCCGGUUCUUCUGUAAUUUGAUUUCCUCAAGAAACUUAACUUGCCCAUUGCGCAAGUUAAAAGAACAAAAUUCACUAGCAGCCCGAUAGCAAAAUCCACUAGGCCUGGACAACUGGACAUUACAUUCUUUGCACACUGCUGCUACUUAUGACGUCAUAUCUCAUAACCAUAGCAACUGACCAUCAUUGAACUUGUGUCAAAAUGUGCACAAGGGAUGAAUGAACAGCUACUGAAAACGCCAGGUACCGAUGUUUUAUCCUCUAGGAAAAAACUCGAAAAAACCUUAGAAGGGGGUACCCCCCCCCCCUGUACGUCCUAGGGUUAAUAUCUAUAAACCUAUUUUAUUAUUCUUUUAAUGUGUGAUAUUGUCUGGUUCAAAAGCAAAAUGCCGUGAUAUCCCAAUUAUUUCUAGCCUCGAGGAAAGGUUCAAAUUUUCAGGAAGUGAAUAAGAGUCGGGUUGAAAUUUAAUAGCAUUUUGGUGUAGGGAAGUCAGCGUGCAAAGAAAGUAGUGUCUGAAUAUAUAGUGAAUUUUGUUCUUAGGUUGUUGGAUAGGCAAGUGAAGGUUUUUUGCGAAAUGCAUAUUACAGAAAAACUGUGAUCAAUCAAAAAGCUUUUGAUGCACUUUUGGUCAUAUAAAUAUUUUGGGCUUAUAAGUACAUGCUAGAGACAGGUUGCCCAAAUGGCAAGCUGUAAAACUAACUUUCUUGGCACCCUGGAAGUAAAAAAGGUUGGUUUAGCGAAUUUAUCAGCUAAGGACAUAAUUAUAUAUUUUGAGAAAUUCUACUCUUCCAAGUAUAUAAUCUCCAGCACUGUUUGUCUUUAGUGAUGUUGUUUUUUGUACUGGCUUAAAAAUAAAUAUAAAGUUUGAUGAAACAGAACUUUUGCUGGUUAUGAACGAUUAUUCAACUUAUAUGAAUGCUGACUUUUUAGGUUGAAGUAAAAACACAAGAACAGUGGGAUGAACUUUUAACAAAGGAAGGACUGAUAGGUUGGUAUCUGACAUUAUGUACUUUUAAGAGGUUGGUAGGUGCAUAAUGAUAAUUAACAAUUAUUCUUUGAAAUUAGUGGCAAAAUAUUUUUAGACGCGAACGAGGUAAAAUUGCCAAAGCCACUAUUCAACGAGAUUGAAAAGAAUAAUUGUUUUAGUAUAUACACAUGAAGUGAUUUCAACAAAAUCAGAGAGGAAACCAUUCAAAAGUUCGAUUUGAUUGACAGAUAAAAGAUGCGUAAGUUUCUUAGAUCUUUGCAGAAAUUUCAAACAUGGUCAAGUUUAUCAUUUCGCAAACAAAACAAAAUAAUGGCUUAAAUGGAACUGCCAAAAGUUUGAACUGUUUCCUUACCUGAGAAGAAAAGUAGAGCUGUGUUGUUUUCUGUUGACUCGCCACGUUUAUAGCCAAAAGGGUUUGUUGUGUCGUUCUUCGCAUGAAGUGCUGACAAAAAUGGCGGCUCAUUUGCUCGAGGUGAGACGUCGUCUUUCUGUAUCAUUCUUUUUUCCUGUUUACUUGAAACGUAGAAUUUCUGCAAACAUUUCCUUUUAAAUUUGUUUGUCAUAAAUAAACUUCGAUUUUUGAGCCAAAAUUGUCUUCUUAGAAAACGGAAAGCUUCUUCUAUGAACGGGAGUUUAAACAAACUAAGCACAAAACUCCUGCUACUACUGAGUGCUACAGUAAAUUGAAAAAUGUUAUUGAAUCCUUCCAAGUCUUUUCUUGCCUUAAAAAAAGUCAGCCCUAGGAUUCUGUCGACUUUUAAAAGAUCGUUCUCUAAAAAAUGGGAAAAACACUGAGCUCACACAUUAUCCACUCGCUAGGAGGUGAAUAUUGUUGAAUAGUCCGAGAUAGCGAACCAAUCAGAUUGCUUAAAUCACCAAGAUCACUGAGUGUGUAUAUACUAAUAAUUAUUAUUCAAGACUGUGCUCUACGGAAAAUUGAAGGGAGCUCAGUGUUAUAAACCUGUAAAAUCUAGGGCGCCAAGCAUGUGACUUGUAUGAAAAAACUAAGAUUAUUUUCUAGUUGCCCGAUAGCAAGAGUUGGGCACCAGGGGCCACUGGGCUCUGCUAGAGCACAGCCCUACCUCUGCCUAGACCCAAGGCAGUUUCCUAUUCCAAGUCUGAAUAUUGAGCUCGAAAAUGUUUUUGUUUUUUCUCUGAUCUGCUUGUACUGUUAAACUGAUCCACCCCUGCAGGCCCCACUGCAUGUAUGGGUCUGAGUAUUGGCCGUAAUAUUUGUUUCAUACUCUUAUUGCAUCAUUCUCAUUAAUUUAUUAUUAUUAUUAUUAUUAAUUAUUAUUGGGGAUGCGUAAUUUUUUAAUUUUUAGCUAAUCAGAACACUGAACUGUAUCAGAUGUAUUUUGUCUGGAACAGUCUAGCCUGCAUGGCAGGCAUUUGGAAGGGAAGCGAAAGGGGGUUUUGGGCGCAAGAGUAACAUGAAUGGCGUGCGAGGAAGGGACAAAAGGAAGGAAACGCCUGCCAGGAGACUAUUGCUUUUCACAUUAUAAACAUCCACCAGGCGAAUGUUAAAAUCCUGAUUGGUCAGUCUUCAAAAUGUGUCAAUCACUGUCUGAAUUCGUGUUUCUUAAUCUGAUUGUUUGAAAUCAACAUCAUGCUACUGAGUAACUUAAUCUAUCUUUCAGUAAUCAUUUUAAAAUAUGAAGGGUGAUGAGAUUUCUGUACGGAAUUUAUUGUUAGAAUGAGAAAAUGAAAGGCAUCAAUUUCAGCUUGAAAGCUAAGGAGAUUAGAAGAAAGCAGUUGAAAAGAUUAAUCGUACGUAGGAAAAGACCUAUCAGCUAGUUAAAUUUUACGGACUGGUAUUGAGAAGUCUCAUCUCCCAAUGGCUUGCUUGUUUUACUCACUAGAAGAAGGAAAGGAAAAAUCAUGCUGCCCAUGGUCUGUGUGUUUGUUAUAUCUACUGUUUGACCUCGAUCACCUGCCAUACGGGCUACACCUUAUCAACAACCAGAUUUUUGAAGACAAAACAAUCUAUCCUUAACGAUUUUUGGUUUCAGGACUUCUUGCUGGUCAUGGACGUUAUAAAGCUGCCAGGGACUUACUUUAAUAAAUAAAUAAUAUUUAAUUGCAGCCUUCUUGCAGAUCUUCGAAGUUCAGCUCUUCUUUCCCUGCCUAACCAGCGUUCUUUUGAGUCCUCUAAUGAUGCGCUGGAUCCAAUUCGAGAGUCAGCAAAGUGUUCUAUUUUUUCGCAGACAAAAACAUUACAUGCAUAGUCCAGCCCAAUUCCUUUAGCAACGACUUGAAUAAAUUUAUGCCGGAUUCUAUAUAACAAGAAGCCAUGCAUCACUGCAACUUUCUUCCUUCAAUUGGACGACCGCAAUUGAAUUUUUUUUAUUAAUAGUAUCUUCAUUUCAGAUUCCUUGUUUUAGGAAAACAAAAGAAAAACAGUACAAGAAAUAGGACUAAAAAUAAUUGCAUCACAGUUGCAUUUUUUCUGCAUAGUUUAACAUAAUUAGUUGGUGGGAUGGCAAAAACAAUGGCCUCCUGGCAGGUUUCCCUCCCUCCUUCUUUGCAUGCCCCUCGCAUUUCUCUUGCACCCAAAACCCCCUUUUCCUUCCCUUUCAAACGCCUGCCACACAGGCUAGGACCAGUCAGAAAGAAUUCCAUGCAGAUUCUGGCUUUUUUACAUGUGACAGGCUGGAAAAUCAAAUAAGGUACAUAUUCAAUGCAUCUUGCCCUCCAAUUAACCUCGAAAGAUGAAUAGAUAUAAGGGAAGUCAUGAUCGCAGCCUAUAAACUCAAUAAUUAUUGUAAUAUGGUGAUGUUUACUGGAAAUAAUAAUCAGAUGAAGCAAUUGUGUAAACUGCCAUUAACAAUUAUUUACAACAUGCAUAUUGUAUCGACCGUCACUCUAACUGUUAUAAAAUUGAAGUUUAAACUUUUUUUAUUAUCAGUUGUGGAUGCAUACUCAGCUUGGUGCGGUCCAUGCAAAGCCAUUGUCAGUUCCUUUAAGAGAAUAAAAAAUGAACUUGGAGAUGACUUGCUUGUGUUUGCUACAGUAAGUUUAUCAUUAUAUCUUUUAUGAGCCUUUAUACUCUAAUUUAGUUUGCUGGAUUCUUGUAUUGUAACUUAAUUUCUUUUUUUUUCUAUUAUUUGAAAGGCUGAAACAGACUCUAUUGAUUCUUUGGAAGCUUAUCGAAUGAAGAGUCAACCAACUUUUCUGUUCUAUGCUGUAAGUAUUACUGUAUAACAAUGAAUAUAAAAUGUUUAACAUCUUAACCAGUGCAGCAGCUUAAACUGCUCAAUUAAGCUGUUUGGUAAAGGUUUUAUUAAUACUGUACAUGUAGUCCGAUUGCUGAGGUUGUUUAGAAGGUCAUAUACAUGGGAUAAUGGUUUCUGAAUUUAAUUAAUAUGCAUUGUUGUAUUAAUUAUUUUUUACACUUAGCUUCUCUAGCUAGUUCACAAGCACUCGUGGAAAUAAUGGGACCCGGCAAACAAAUAAGCAGGAACUUAUAGAAAACUAACAAAAUUGCUUGCACUUUGGGCAAGUUGUUGCUGAAGUUUUCUAUCCCAGAACAGGCCUACCAACUUCCUUUAUUACCAAAUUAACUUUCACUUUACCUGGGCAAAUCGUGCUUGCCCAUUGGACAACUUGUGAUUAAUACAGGCUAGAUAGCCUGACAGUUCACUCUUGUUCUACAUCAUAGGGUGAUGUUCUUCUCCAUUUCUGGUCAAAUUGGAAUUUUUUGCUGGAAAUGCUAGUUUUUGAGGAGAGAGGAAAACCAGCUGAGAGUAUCCAGAGAUAAGCCUCUCAGAGCAAAGGAGAGAACCAGUAAAAAACUUAUUUCAAAACUCAACUCAUUCCUUGCCUCCUCCAGUAAUAACCUCAGCAUACAUGUACACAAACUACUUCUAACAUGGUUUUUAUUGGUAUCCUGCCAUUGCAGUAAAAUCAGCCCGCUACUUUAUAAGUUUCCAAAUGAGUCAAUAUAAAUGACGGGCCACUUUGCUUGAGAGACUUAACUCACGCAAACCCUUAAUGACAGCUAGGUUCUGUUUUAAUGGUAGCAAUUAUUUUUAAUAAACAUUAUUUUGUGUUCUAGGGUGGCAUCCUUGUGAAUGUUACCAGAGGAUGUAACUGUCCAUUGUUAAUCAAGUUGAUACGGGGUGAACUGGAAAAAGAACACAAGGUUCUAGAAGGACGUUCUGAGAGACUGCCAGUGAGUAAAAUUUCCUAAUGCUAAUAUAAUGAAACAAUAAUAACAUGGAUUCUUUCUAGUUUCUGCAAGCUGUAAGUAAUAGCAUUCCCUUGUACACCACUAGCAGUUGCUCAUGAUGACAAAUGCAUGUACAACUUGCAUUGGGAUGACUUGGAAAGCUUGUGCCCUAAGUUCACAAGUUUUUACGAGCUUUUGGGCUCUUUAACACAGCCCUCUACUACGUGUAAAAACAAGAUGAAAAUGUUCACUUGGUCAGAGGUUGCAAGACAGAUGUUGGGAUGUCCCUCACAAAGGUCCACCAUCCUCAUCUUUAAAUAUGCAUCAAGAAAAGAAGGAGAACAAAAAAAUAAUGAGAAAAAAAUUCCCAUUAGCCUAACCCUUAGUGUAAAGAUUACUUUGAAAAUGCAAAUAUAAUUUUGAUGUGUCCUCUCAAAAUAAUGCUAAGUUACGAUCCUAGUUAGUCAACUUAAUUGAAGGAAGUUAGAUUAAGUAUGGCUGGUAUUGUUUAUUACAACUGUAGUUUGUUGACCAAGAGGCUCUAAAAGAGACUGUAAUAGCUGAUGAAAAGAAAGAUGAAGAAAAGGAGACUGAAGAAGAGGAAGAAGAAUUGGGUGAGUCAUUUAUUUAAUAUUAUUAACUUUAAUAAUAGUGGGACCACGUUUUUUUUUUCUGUACCACAGAGUACAGGAAAAUGACAUGCUUAACAACUCUUAAGUUGACUUUAUAAAUUAGAAUGGUUUGAGUCUUCUAUAGAGACCAAGAUGUUAAUGACUUAAUCAGUAAAAGCCAUAUUACUAUGACUGAAUAACUGCUGACCAUUCCCUGUGCACAUAAUAUAAUGUAUCCCACAGUGGGAGCUUUUGCACAGUAUAAGAAGAUGGUGACUGGUUCGUGUUUUGAACAAAAGCUUCCAGAAAAUUAUGCAUCCAAAGCUGAAUUCAAUUUACAAAAUCUCACACAGCCCUCAGACAACUGAUGUCAACAUAAGUACAGUUAUAAGAGUUUAAUAAAUUGCACCAAAGCCUUCAGGUCAUAAGAAUAUAGCUGUAUCCAAAAUGUUCAUCAAAAUAUUAAUAAGAUAUAAUAUAAUAAACAAUAUUACCGUACUCUGAGCUUAAGAAUUAUUGGUACCUCUAUACAUAACAAAAGAAAUUUAUACAUGAUCUACUUGCGUUUUAUUUAGGAUAGAUUAGUUAGAAUUCACUGAUUAUACACAUGUUCCCUAAGUUACAAAUUAUUAUUAGUAAAAAAAAUGGCUUGUAUUGAGUCUUCAUUGUCUUAAUUUGGAAUGUCUUUCUUAAGCUGAGAGGAUGACACAUAGAACUAGAAGCAUAAAGGUAGAGAGGAAGUCAGAUCUAAAAGGUAGUCAGUCUGUAGAUAGUCUGCAUUGAUCUCCAUUGCUUUGAAUAUUAGAGCCUAAUGUAGUAAAGUACAAAAAAAUUCUUUUUAACCAGGGCUGGGUUGUUCAAAGCGGGGUUAAGUUAACCCAGGGUUAGUGCGAAAUUUGAAUUCAGAUAUAAAAGCUUAAAAAGCAAAUUCAGUUUAAUUCCUUUGGUCUGCAAUUUGGUGAUUGGAUGCUCUAAAAAGAAUAGGGAAAAUUAUCUGAGAAAAUGCUUUUAAACAAAAGAAAAGGAAACCUAGAUUAAAAUUUAACUGUGGGUUUAGCACAAAUCGGCUUUUGAACAACUAGGCCCAGAUGAUUAUUAUUCAGCGUACAAUAUGCAAGGUGUGUUGAUCAUUGAUGCUAGAGUAUGAGUAAUAUAAAUGGAAGUUCAGAGCAUUUCAUAAUUGAACAUGGAACAAUUAAAUUUAAAAGUAUAUAAUUUGGCUCCACUACGCAGUACAACAUGAAUCGAAAAACCAUUAUGUUUAUUUUGGCUGUUUCAGCUGAGAAUUAAGAGAUAUAGCAAUACAGUAUACUACAAGCUAAACACAACUGGGACAGAGCUGAGGGACAGUUUACAAAAAAUACUGUCAGAAUAGGGGCCAGAAAAAACAUGCGGAAAAAAAAAACAGUAUACUCGGCAGGCAAUCUGGGUAGGAUCCAUGGCUCAUGUUCUGAAAAGGCUUACACAGCUAGAAGGUCUCUGACCACAUUUAAUUAAGCAUGUAUACCAACAAAGUGCAGUAAACUCAAAAUAAUUAUUGUCACAGUAAUUGUCACUUAAUAAAUUAAAAUAAAAAGUAGUUAUAUAUUUAAAUAAAAAAUAAUGUGGACUAAACGAGGUGUUGGCCUAGAAUGCUUUCCCAUGUAAUAUCCUGCGCCACAGAAAUAUUUUAUUUUCAGCUAUUUAUGGCUGGGUAUGAUUGUGACAGAUUUUAUAAUCCUGUAAGUAGUAAAUCUUAUUAUCUCUGGGAAACAGUUCUAUUAUACAAAAUGUAAGUGUAGGAGAUGUUUUUACGUGUAUUUCACUCAAUCAUGAUUGUUAAGUAACAUUAUCUUCUAUUAUUAUUUGUGUGCACAGUUGAACUUCCUAAGCAAGUCACUGUAGCCAUCAUAAAACCUGAUGCUGUGGAAGCUGGUCUUGUUGAUGAAAUAAUCCAGAAGGUAUUUACUGUUUUGUGCCAAAUUUUGGUUUCUGGUGUUCUUACUGAUGCUUUUUUUCUAAUUAUUUCACUAAGUCACGGGGUGAAAGUAGAGUCACAGGUAUGGGUGGAGCUUGAGAUGGUGGUGGGGGGGAAGAGGGGCAGAGUAGAUAGUGGCAUUGGUCUACAUGUACAUGAAAAAGAACACGCAUUGUCCUUCAACAAAAGGGUUUGCCUUUAACAAACAGGUUGAAGAGUCAGGAAUGGAAGUUUUGAAGAAGGAAGAAAAGCUGUUGACUAAGGAGGAAGCUGCAGAGUUCUAUAAACAGCAUGAAGGUUCUGAACACUUUGAUCAACUGGUGGAAUUUAUGUCAAGGUAAUGAAAUCACUUCCUAUAAACACUGGGGUCACAGUACAGCUUGAAUUAAGCCUUAAAAGUCCUUAAAAAUUGCAGUAAUCUUUUACGUAGCUGAGAGUCUUUGACAGUUUUUUGUUGCUCAUUUCAUCCAACCCAGAAGGUGUUAAUGCUGUUUAUAAAUACAUUAUAAUUUUAUUCCUGCCCUAUACUUUAACUUUCUUUUUUACCUUAUCUUUCACUUGGUUUUUCUUUCUUUCCAAAAAUCAAGACAUUGCCGAAAACCAGUCGUAAUCUCCCCUCUGAAAUCUAAUGGCCAUGUGGCUCACAAUGAUUAUGUGUACAAAGGACAAAAGCCAUGGACAUGAUAUUUUGGCUGCAUACAAGUCCCUCAGACAGGUUUUUUUUUUCACCUAUUCAAAAUACUGUCUUUAUUUUCCCUGCCUUUUUUCCUGCUUUCUGUGCACAUUAAUAAAGCAUUUUUUCUCAAGUGGCUGAAACAAAGCUGAUUGUGGAAAAAACUGGUUCUUUAAUUAAUUUUCAGUGGUCCUUGUAUGACUCUUGUGCUAAGCAAAGCCGAUGAAGCUAAUGCUGGCGAAGGUACCAUUGAUUAUUUCCGAGAUCUUAUUGGUCCAAAAGAUGUCAACAUUGCUAAAGAAGAGGCCCCAGCCAGGUAUGUACUUAUGGUGCAAGUAACUUUCUGUCACUUACAAUAACAAUACAUACGGCUGCACUAAGGGGAAUUGUGUCUCUAUUCUGUGCAAACUGAUGUGAUUUUAUUACAUGUUUUUUUAUAGCUUAAGUGAAGUCACAGCAAUUAAUUACUAAUAAACUGUUUUCUCAUAAAGUAAAAAAGUAUGUCUUGAACCCCUUUGUUUGAUUGGACCAAUUUUCUUCACAUGUAGUAUGCAUUUUACUCUGUUCAUGUACAUGACUGUUGCAUUGCAAUUUGGUUGUUGUAAAAAUAUGCUUCUAAAAGGAAGUUGUGAAGCAUGUUGCUGUUGGUGAGAUGUGGGCUUGCGUUUAUGUAAUUGUGUUUCUUGUUUAACAUCCAGAACUCUGAUUGAUAUGUGCAUAGUCUGGGGAACCAUAGCAUUCUUUGAUUGAAUAUUGGAAAAUUUUAAAAAUUCUUGAUUAUGCAAUCAGAGGUACGCUGUACCUAAAGUUCAUUUUUAGUUCUCAAGUGAGAGUUCUCAGGCCUCAAAGCCUCCUACUGUAGAUAGAAAGUUAGAGAGUUGUGAGUAAAAGCUGUUAAUUUAUAGUCAUCAAUUUUGAUAUUGCAGCCUAAGAGCUCUAUAUGGAACUGAUACUGUGAAGAAUGCACUCCAUGCCUGUGACUCUGCUGACAGUGCAGCUAGGUAAGAAAAACACUGACCUUCUUUUUCUGUCAAUGAGUAAAUUCAAUUUACUAGGUAAUGGGUUUGUCAAGCGUUCAGAUAGUAGAGUGUGGCGUUCAGAUGGUAGCCAGGAGCAAGUUCAAUUGUACGUGGGGAAAUGAGGGAAAAUAAUGAGGGGAGACUGGGGUGAGAACGAGGGAAUGUCUGUGAACAUUUUUUAACAAAGGGUUGUUCCAGUGUACCCUUUUAUUGGUUCAUUUUGGCACUUUUUGUUAACACUUGAGCACUGGCGUCAUUCUUGAGGAAUGUGAUACGUCCAAGGAGAAGAGACAUCUGUUACUGAAUCACUUAGACAUCAAGCCUAUUGUAAACAACACAAUCAAGUGCUUUCUACAGGCAAAAUUAAGUGAUUUUCUACUUACAGUAAUCAUAGUGAGGUGAUAUGGAUAAUUGCACCAAAAUGGUUUAUUUACUAUCAUGUCUUGAUGACUAUACUGAUAUGUUGAUAUGUUGAUCCCCACCGUUUAUUAGCUUUCUUUCUUAGUCAAAUAUACUCUUUGUUGAGCCACAUUAACAUUUUCUUUGUCCUUUCUUUUCUUUACUUUUAAAAAUUAUCCAUUUUUCAUUCUGUACCCUUAACUCACAUGGUGUACCCUAUAAAGCCAGGAAGCCUAAAGUUUAUAAGCCCCCAGCUUCUAUUUUGGCUUUCUUUUCAUUACCACUUUGAAAAUGUUGUAAAUAAUUUAGUUAGAAUAGUGUCUAUUAUCUUUAACAUAUAGUUUUAAAUUUCUUGUAUAUUAUUGAUGUAUUCUUAUGUGGUUUAGGUAAAAUAACUGAAUGAAUGAGUUCUUAAAGACUAGAUAAUGGUAUGGAUAUAAUAGACCUCACCUCAACGAUAGUGCCAAAUUAACUUUGUAUUAUGUAUGCUAUGUUUGGUAAGAUGGUUGCUUUUCAUUUUAGAGAGCUUGCCUUCUUUUAUCCUGACUUUGUGGCUCCAACCAUUGUCCAGAAAAGGAAAAAGAAACGACUGCAGAGAACUCUUGCUCUGAUUAGACCAGAUGCGCUCCGCACACGUAAAGGUAAUCUAGCUUACUUAAACUCAAGAAGCAACUGAGAGAAAAAUUAUUUCUCUACAACCCUCCAAGUUAAAGUUUUUGGUCAGUGGCCAUCUGACGACCAACUCUAAUUGGGUUUAGUCGCCAAGGGUAAAAUUUUAGGCGCCAAAUUAUAUUAAUAAAUUAAUAUAUCAAAAAUUGUCAUUAACAAAAGCAGUUGGCAAGUUUGACUUAAAAUGCCGCACUGUUUAUAAAUUACUCAUUUAUUAUGCAAGGCCCUAUUUACUGAUAGUCUGAGAAUGAGGUUUGCAGAUUCAUAUCCUUGAAUCAACACUGAAGUGGAAUUGUAAAGACAAUAACCAUUUCAAAUUGUCUUUAGGGCCUUCAAUCCUUCUGUAUAGUCCUCAGUUGGUAUAUUAUGAGAGCAGAACUUAAGUCAUCCUCUGUUAAUGUGUUCAAACUUCCCAGUCGCAACUUGAAAGGCGAUCUAUUUUUUCUGAUAUUUGCUUCGCAUUUCUUCUGCGACUUUUGUAGAUGACGGACUUGUUUUCCCAACUAUCAAAUAUUCUUGGAGAUUUAAAAGGUCGUUUUUAAUUUCACUAGACAUUGCGAAAGCCUCACAAAGGCAGGAGAGUAUUUGGUGGGAGAUCAACAAGUCUUGCAUGUAUAACUCAAAUCAUUGUUUUAUACAGAGAUAACAUCACGCACGUGAAAAUCUCGCAACGACUUGUACUGGGAAAACAUUUUUUCCCUAAUUCAUAGACAGGAACCCAAACAAAAAUGUCACAUAUGACGUAAUAAAUUUUCUUUUUCCUUUAUCAUUGCUACAGGUGUUUAAAGGAGCUGUGCCACGAAAUUCAGCCAAAUUAGGAAAUUACAAAAUGCCCGUUAAAUUAAGAGAAACAUGAAAAUAACGGUUCAAAAUUUAAAGGAAGGCUAAAAUAACAUAACAGAAACAACAGAUGCCACGGAUGGGCAAAACUGAAGGAGAUUGAAACGGAUUGAAAUUAGCGGUUUUGACAACUGUUCAGCCUAACAGUUUUUCAAAGUUGAUCCCUGCCGCUUGCAACUUCAAAAAUAACGCUCUGGACUAAGACAUAUUUGUUUGUCUCAGAUUUCUGAUUUUGUCAUUUACCUGUAAUUUCUCUGCUUACUUUAAGUUGCAUAGCGAUUGAGGGCGAGUAAUUGGCAAAAUUAAACAAAAUGAACUGGACUCCUGUGACACAGCCCCUUUAACAAAUAAUUUUUUUGCAACAACCAUAAACUGUCAGUUUUUGCGAUGUUUGGUUUUGCUUACAAUUAUCGCUUUUAUUUGCAAAACCGCGAUUCAACUCACUGCUCGGCUCUCAUGUUAUGGUGUUACGCAAGUUUUCUGUGUUGACUUUGCAGCAAUUUAGCUAGCUUUCCCUCUUCAUGUUGUUUAUUGAUUCCAAAGUAUUUAAAAUCUGUAGUCCAGUUUAAAAAACCACCAAGCUCAUCGAGGUGAAACGACCAUUCGACCAUUUACAAUCGAUACGGAGUGAUUUUAUAAGUUUUAUGACUUCAAGAAACACUGCAAAAGGCUGUGAAAGAGCUGGGCUGCAGUAGUUGCAAAUUUGGGCUGUUGAGCGCUACCUUGGAAAGUGUUUUGAAAGUAGUUAACAGUGCUGCUGCAGCGGUACAGAAUAUUUCCGAAUCACGAUCUGCGCUGCAAUAUGCCUGCAGAGAGGCUUCAAAAAGAGAAAGAAUGUUUAUUAUCGGUUAUCGUAUUGCACUGGUUAGUUUAAAAAAAGUAUUGCGAAUCAAUAUUCAUGGUAAAUGGUGGAAAAAUUGACAAGGUUUAGCAGCAGAACAACAUUUAACAACAGAAAGUCAAAAUGUAGUUGUUUCUCUAUUUUCAAUCCAGGCGUUCCAAAGGCGCGCAAUUAAGAUAACUAUAAACAAAUCUGCAACAUUGAGAAACCAUCUGGCUUUUUACAUAUUCAACAGCCCCAGUCAUGAUCUCUCAUCUAAGAAAACUGAGCCAUGAAGCCACUGACGUUGGGAGCAGGUCAGUUGACAUGCUCCCAACGUCAGUGGCUUCAUUGGUCAGUUGGUAGAGCAUCGCACCGGUAAUCGCGAGGUCACGGGUUCAAACCCCGUUGAAGUCCUGGCCCCGGUUGUUCAAAGUCGGAUAGCGCUAUCCACUGGAUAAAUCACUAUCCAGCGGAUAGCGUAAUUGAUUUCCGUAAUACUUUUCCGCGGGGUAGUGAUUUAUGCGGUGGAUAGCGCUAUCCAACGUUUGAACAACCGGGGCCUGAAUUUUUUUUUCAGGCCUCUUUACGCAAUUGCAUAAAUUGCGUUCACUGCGACGAUCAUUUCUGCAUUUUCAAACUUGACAUUACUCACCUCAAAAUUCUUCCACAAUCCAUGAUCUGUUGUAUUUUCGAAAGAAAUCAACCCAUAUUUUACUUUGGAAUGCGUUAACUUAAAUUUUGCAGUGGAUUAAAUAAUGAACUUUGGCAAAGAAUCUUGAGCAAUUCUUAUGUUUCACUGUAGUAUCUGUCUAUAUAGGUCUAGCUGUCACUUCGUCUGCCUUGCUUUGUCAACGCAUAGUGUAGAAGUCACUGACCAGUGCAUUGUUAUACUAACACUUUUUAACUUUUUGAUCCAAAUUAAACAUCAGUAGAAUUAACUCCCUUCUCGUAACAGAACUGGAUGUAGAAAACUUAUAAAAUAAUAUUUGUGCGGUGUCACUAAUGUUUGUGUGGAGAUAAAUGUAUUGCGAUUUAACAGAAAAGUGCCUUGACCAAUUAGAUUAUGGCUUACAAUGUCUCUAAGGAAUUAACGAUAUAAUAGACCAACACUUAUCAGUCACGGAACGCAAUUAACUAGAUUUUAGGUUUAUUUUAAUAGAUCUUCAACAAACUUAUCAAAGUUUUCUUGUUCUGUUUAUAUCGGUAAAACGCUUUUCUAAUUCAAAUGAUAAAUUGGAUAGAUGGACUGUCAGAUCUCCAUUUAUAGUCUCAGAGUUAAGGCCCAUGUACGUCUUUAUAAGCUACACGUUCGCUGUCUGUUCUGGUUAAUUUAUCGUUUUCAUGCAGUACAAUAUUUCUGUAUAGUCUAGGUUUUAUGGCUGCCCGGUAAAAGUCGCCUUUCAGCAAGUCCAGUUACUUAUCAUUUUUUCUUUUAUUAAAAGAUGCAAAAAAUAAAAGAAACGAUGUUAUUUUACAUUUCAGAUUCUAUAAUCGCAAAGAUAGAACAGGCAGGUUUUACUAUAGCCAUGUCAAAGGAAAUGAUGUUAUCCAGAGAGCAGGCAGAAACUUUCUACGAGGAACACAAAGGCUCAGACUUCUUUGAGACUUUGGUUACAAACAUGACCAGGUUUGUCUUGAACGUGCAACAGAUUACUGUACCUCAAGUUUUCAUAUCCUAAUAGUUGGUAUCAGCAGUCUUUUAACCAGACAUUGAAAACUGGCCGUCCAGAAGGCAUGUUUUCCCAUAGAAUUAUAAGAGAUUAUGUGAAUUUUCCUUGUAUGUCUUCCAAAAAUGGGCGUCCAUAGGAUGGCUGGACACUCCUCUGGCUAAAACGUUGGGUAUCAGUCAUUUUGCUACAGACUACUGAACUGUAAAAACCACUACUACUAAAACUAAUUUAGGCUUAAGGCUGAACAAAGUGUACAGCAACGUAAAAUUAAUGUUUGUUCAGCCAGUUUUCUUCUACUAAUUAAUAUUCCAAUGUGGUGGGUACCAGUUUUUUUUCCUUUUUAUGGUGGCUUAUGGCUGGAUUGCGCAUUUGUACUAGCCAGAGAGGCAUUGUUCAGUCCAGGGGCUGGCUGCCAAAGGUGGAGGCCCCUCGAUACUCCAUGCACCUAACCUCCAUUCUGAUGAAAUUGUGAUAUUUGAUGUUUGCAGUGGACCAAUGAUGGCACUUUGUUUAGCUCGAGAGGAUGCCGUUGAAGGGUGGAGAGAAUUAUUAGGACCAAAGGAAGUAACAGUAGCUGCUGAACAGGCUCCAGAAAGGUACAAACUCCCUGAUGCACCAACAAUGAUAAGAAAUAAGAUUGGAAUUAUUAUUAACAUUUUAAUUAUUAUUAUCAUUUUCGUCAUCAUCAUCAUCAUUAUUUUUGUUGUUGAUGUUGUUGUUGACAUUUCCCUUGACUGUUGAUGGUCCAACACACCACCACUUUCUAUGUUCAUUUAAUUUAUGCAUUUUAUUCAUUCCUUUGAAUUUAUAUUACUUUUUUGUUGCAUAUCAGUGCUUUCAUACACACUCCUGUAGCUACCUGCAAACUCAUCAAAGAUUAAGACUUCACUUGAUGCUUUUGAAGAAUGAAAUGUCUUUUCUGGAUUACAGGUCAUACAUCUGACAUAAAAUCAUGUAGUGAAUUUCUCCUCAGGUUCUCCAAGCCAUUGUCAUUUUCGAAGUCAACAUAUAGGAGACGUGUAGCUGGACUUUGAUGCUGUGUAGUUUCUGUUCAACCUUGCUCGCAGAGCAGUUUUCUUUCAACCUCCUGAAGUUCUUAACCCAGUUACCAUCGUAAAAAUGCAACGCAUAUAUCCCUCCGAACACACUUUUGUACAUUUAGUUGGAGUAAUAUGACAUCGACUUAUUUAGUAACCUGGCAAUUAUCUCACCAGCUUAUCUGCCUGUAAAAAUUCUAAAGGCUAUAUGUUGUUCUUAACUGCACUUACAUAUUUAAUUUUGCACUCUAUCUCACGCUCGAAAAUGGCAUGCUUUCUUUUCUUUUCUUUUUUUUUUCAACUUUAAGUGUUUUAUUCUGGGACAUAAAAUAAAUUAAACUUGCAGUGAUUAAUCCUUGAGAUUUUUUGAUAUUCAAAAACUUGCUGCACAAUUGGCAUUCUAUCUAAUUCCACGAGAUAUAAGGAAGUGAUUGUUGUUCUAAUCCAUUCUUGUGUUUACAUAGUAAUGAUGAAGAGAACAUUCCAACAAAAAGGUACAUAAAAUUUUUUUAACGGCUAAAAUCUAGGUAAAUUCCAAAAAUGUGCAAAAUCAAUAGGAUGAUGAAAAAGAUCACCAAAUAAGUAAAGAUUUUCAUGAGCUUGGAAGUAAAGUUUAUUGAAAAUUAUGUUAUAAUUUGGUUUGGCUACCGGGUAAAUAAAGAAGCAACCAUUUGAAUUGAUGGCACGAUCAUCAAAGGUUUCAUUUACGCAAAAUAUAGUGAGCAGUUUAUCAAAAAUAGCAUGAAUGAAGCUAAGUGACUGAUAAUCUUUGGGUUUAUGUCUGUCUGAAUUUGGAUUAAAAUAAAUAUGAAUAGCGAUUACAUUUUAGGUGAGGGUUCCCUUUCAUAAGUGGAUAGUGUAACUUUUAUGUGUCUGAUCAAGAACAUUUUUGGGCACAAUAAAGGAAGAACAGAGUACAGUACAGGCAAAGUGAAGUGACUCUUUGAAUCCAUCAGGAAGAACCCCAAUAUCUUAAAUCCGUCCGAAAAGUUGGAGAAUCGUGCAGGGUUUUUAAACUUAAAGUUUCCUAUGUCUAAGAGAUUUUUUUCAUGCCACACAUCUGUUAGGUCAUCCUCAAACACUCGGGCAAAAGUCUUACCUUCCACGAGUAAAAAAUAUAGGAUAAAAGAACUUUCAAUAACAUCUUUGCUUCUUAUUAUUGGACUUUGUGAUAACAAGUAAUUGUACAGGUUCCUAUCCCCACAGGGUAAGUUUUAGAACAGGUCUUUGAAUCAAGAAAUUAUUUUGGCGUUGGUUGGCAUUAAUCUGAAUUCUUUUUCAAAGUGACACUGCACUAAAGGUGCCUCAUAAACAGUAAACAAAGAAAUGUUAAUUUUCUUUGUUAUACGCUAUAUCUAGUUUGCGGCAUCAUUUCCAAGUAGAGGACAGUCCCAUCAAUCCAUUACAUGGCUCAGAUUCACCUGAGGCAGCUGAGAAAGAAAUUCAACAGUUCUUCCCUGUUCAGUCUACUGUAGCAGUAAUCAAGCCUGAAGUUGAACCCGACAUAAGAGGUUUGUAUUACUACCAGUCAGACUACUUUUGUAAAAUCGUGUUUUUUCACAUUAUUCUGCACGUUAGGGGAGGUGUGCACACAGUGUUUGAGUCAAAAGGGAUUAUUGUCCCACAUAUAAGCAAAGUGACUGUAGACGGAUUGCCAUUUAUCGAUUUGUAUUAUCAUAACAAUAAUAGCAACUGAUAAAAAAGUUACCUGAUGGAGCCUCAUCGUUUCAUUCAAUUAACUUUGAAGUAAGAAUAGGAAGCUUAAACAACUACUACGACGACGACGACAACUUAAAAAAAAACAAUAGGUUUAAUGAUCAAAACAACCGCUCUGCACGUGCAUCACGCUUUUUAGUACAUUUCUUUGACGUCCACUGCACGACUACGAUGUGAAACCUCCUAAUUUGACGUUUUAUGGGGGACGUGGACACACGACGACGAAUUUUCCUUCCUCUUUUUUAACUUGAAUAAAAUCCUUAAGAAAUCAACUCCAGGAGAAGUCUCCUGCAUUUGACUUAUUGAGCGGGUCCAAAUAGACGCGAUUAAGUUUGAAAGAACGCAAAUUGAUCUUUUGAGUGACGUUUUCACUGCCAUCGUCGUCGUCGUUGCUUAAGGUCCCUAUAAUGUCAAUACUACCGGUGUAUAUCAAAUCUAGGAAAAUUAUGUGACUUUAUGAUAAGUACAUUUUUAUAACACCUGAUCUCUAAUGGCUCUAAUGUUAAACUUAUGGCUUGCCCUAAUCACAAACUUAGGUAGUUAACAAAGUUUAAGAACAUAACGGCUAACGUUAACCUUUGAAAAUAUAUAUGCAGUAGAAAAAACACAGAUUGAGAAAAGUUAAUAGUUUACCAUUGCUCCUUAUUUUUUUUUCCCGUCACCUCGUUUGCCCUAACAAUACGUGUAGAACAAUUUAAAGGUAUAGUUAAGACCGUAACGUUUAACCCUUAAAAUAUGCGUCUAUUUGAAAGAACACAAAAUGACUUUAGUUUCCCCGUUUCGUUUUUGUUGUCACCUAAUGUUAACAUUUUUUCAAUGAAUGUAAGUUAACAGUGCCCAAAUUUAUAUCAAAUUUAUGAUGUACAUUUCAACGAGGUCGGUGAUUAGUGUUAUGACACAAGUUGCAUUCAUUUUUUUAUUUUGCAAACAGAGGAAGUGAUACAGAAAAUUAAAGAAGCAGGUUUCAAGAUUCAAUUUGAAAAAGAGGUGACUCUGACCAAGGAAUUAGCUUCACAGUUCUACCAGGAACACCAGGGCAAAGACUUCUAUGAACACCUCACAGAUUACAUGUCAAGGUGUGUAUUACAUAGACUUACAACUAAAAUAAGAUCUGUUUAGUCAUAAGGAGGUCCGGGGUUCAAGCCUCGCCCGUCGCGUUGUUCCUUAGACAAGGAACUUUACUCCACUUUGUCUCUCUUCACCCAAGUGUAUAAAUGGGUACCGGCGACAUACUGCUGGGGGUAACCCUGCGAUGGACUAGCAUCCCGUCCAAGGGGGAGUAGCAAUACUCUUAGGCUUGCUUCAUGCUACGGAAACCGGUAAAAGCUCCGGCCGUUUGGGCCUUUGGCUUGUGUGCGCCUUUACCUUUACCUUACCUUAGUUACAAGGAGCUAUAUCCUGGUAAAUGUUAUAACUACAUUACUUCAUAUAUAUACUGAAAGAGUUUGGUCCAUCUUGCCUUGAUGUGAAAAGGGAGACUGUGAAUAUAUAUGUUGCGGUGAUAAUAUUGAACCACAACAUAUCACAGAUUAUGCCAUUUAACAAAUAGAAUAAAAGCAUGUCAUACAGAUUAUUCAAACAUCGAGAAGUAAUUCGGAGAACUAAGAAACUAUUAAGUGAAUAACAUUUAGAUUUCAGUGAUAUAAAUUCGUUUAGGUGUAUGACAUCUUGAUACCCUAUCAGACCAUUAAAAAGAUUCUUGAAAAAUUUAAAGUACACAACCCCCUUGUGUUUUCCAUGAUAUGGUAAACAAGGACUGCAUAUCCAUUCCACCGAGAUGCAAACCCUUCUUAUGUUUGUUGUUUUUUUUUCCAUGGGUCAUUAACUUGAUUGAGAAGUGGUCAUCGCCAUAGGCCCACCUGACUAUGGUGACAAUGAUAACAAAGCUAAGUGCUCUAUGUGCUACUGCUUGCUCACCUGCUGCUUAACAAGUGACAAGUUCAUUUUGUACCUAAUUUUCUUUGUUAAAUUAUAGUGGUCCCACUCUAUUCAUGGUACUUACAAGAGAAGAUGCAGUCACUGGCUGGAAGGCACUUAUGGGCCCUACUGAUCCACUGCAAGCCUUGGAGGUGGCACCAGACUCGUAAGUUAAUCAGCUUCCAUGAGUGUUGUGUUCAUCUAUUUUAUUGGCUGGCUUGCAAUGAAACCAUUUACCUCCAAUAAAGGUUUUCUUUAAUUUUAAUUGUUUUACUUUUUGCAUUGCUUGAUGUAUCACUUGGAGUUCCGUGUGGGUAUUGACUGGUUAUUGUGUGAAUCAUUGGGCUGUGUUCAAUUUUUCUCACUUCUCGUAGCCUCCGGGCAAAGUUUGGAGUUGACACAAUGAAGAACGCCGUACAUGGCAGCUCUAAUGUAGAGAAAGCUGUGGAGGUUAUUAAGGAAUUCUUACCUGAAGUUGAAGUGUUACCAGAUGGGACAGUCAGAGGUUUGAAACUUGUGUUAUUUUUUUUUUUUUGCCUCUCUGUUUUUUAAGGGGUUCUGCCUGUUGCGUCGUUUCUUAACUCUAAGUCUUAUGUACUCCUAAAUUCAAAUUUCGUUUUAAACUCCAAGCUUUUUAACCCACGUACUACAAUAACUUUCAUGAGAUUACCUUUGCCCCCGAACUCAAAGACUACAGUUGUAUCCAAGUGACAAUUUACACUUGUGGUUGAUUCUCGCCUGUAAGAAAACGCGUCCAUCUGGUCAAACACACUUUUACAUCUCCUAUUAAAGGCGCAUAUCAUCUACUGUCGCUGAACAAAAAUUAAACCUUAUAAUUACUGUGGAGAAGAUGGUCGCCUUCACGAUUAUUUGGCUACUACUUAUCGUAUUCAUUCGAUUAAACGCCGCCCUCGAUUAAGCGCGGCAGAUCGAAGCAAAAUUACCAAUAAACGCCGCUAUCGAAUAAACGCCGCACCUAAUUAAAAGAAUGCGGCGUCUAUUCGAAGAUACUGAUAAAAAAAACUCGGUACAACUUGGUAAUCUACACCAUCCAGACAACUACGAUUUUGUCUCAGCAAAAUAAGGGAAACAUUGGAACCUUUAAAGAAGGUACACAGGAUUUAUUCUGGAGCGUGGGAUUUUCGCAAUUUGGAAAAAAAAUGCCGCAUAAAAUUUACGUUGCCGUGUCAAAUAGGGCGUAAAAAGAAGACCCAAGGAUAAGUACUAUUUUUUUGAAAGAAGCUUUUCAUUUACGUUAAAGCAUUAGAGUCAUUUUAACCUCAUGUUCAGUACUUGGAAGCCUGUAAAUGAUAAUUUCAAUAAAUGUGCAUUUUCUCAUGGAACAGUCUGUACCAAUAAGUUCAAAUACCUUUUGGGGGACCCCCUUCUUGGACCCCCUCUCUUGAAAAAGGGCCCCCUAAACUUACAGAAGGGGGCCCAUUCGACCCUCAUUGGCCAAUUUCUAGAAUAUACCCUGGUAAAUAAUGUUUGAAAACGAUUUACAGUAACUCAUUGUCAGUGAUUUGAGAAAAGUGAUUUCGAAACAAACGCCGCCCUUCAAUUAACGUCGCAUCGGAAACGCUAAAAAUUUAAUAAACGCCGCGGCGUUUAAUCGAAUAAAUACGGUACCUUCAAGAAAGGUUCAAGAAAGGAAAAACAGAGAGAUUUAGAAUCACAUUACGGCAUGUUGUGUACCGUUCACGCCAGUGUUAUACACAAGAAUUAAUCUGGACAGUUUUAAUUUGCUUAUUUGCUAUUGUUGGAAAUUUUCAACUUCAGUCAGGCGUUUCCUUUAGAUAUUAUCCCCAAAUCUCUAUACAUGUAAUGUCAUGGAAAGUUUCUUGUUCAAGAAAACAUCAGCCUUUAGAUUUGAAGUGCAGUGUUAACUACUUAACCACCAACCCUUCAACCUUAAGCUUUCACUCGCAAUUUUCUUAGCUUGAUUUCCUUUUUCUAUCAUUUUGAUCCUUGUUCUUUUGUUUUCUCUGAAAAGUACCUAAAGACGAUGUUCAACCUGUAGAAGAGGGCAAGCCACAAGAAGAUGAUAAAGGUACUAAAACUAUCUUUCCCAAACUUGUAUAUGGUGCCCCCCACCUCCAUGAAACGACCAUCUUUUUACAUUUCUACCUUGAAAGAUUCGAAAUUUUCCAUGGGGCAUAAGUGCUUGUUUGUUGCCAAGAUUUGUAACCGGAACCCAUUUAUAAGCGUGGUAGUAACGUUUUUUUUUUAAUCGCGUUUUUCAGUAGGAAUGAUUAAACAUGAAUGAUUAAAAAAAAGGAAUGAUUAAACCUCUGUAACUUUUUUGGAGAUUUUUUUUCGAAAAAAGGGGCAAAUACCCAGUAAUUUUGAUAAACAGAAGUUCUUUAAUCUCACCUCGCAUUCAGCACAAAGUUGUUCUUCUUGUAGUGCUAACUCUAUUCGACGUAGGUUUCUGAUUAUUCAGUUUUUUGCAACAAAGCUUUGGGUAAGAAUACCCUUUCAGAUGGGAGAUAGUCCGUCGGCACUCUUCCUCUAUGUGUGCGUCAAUUUUCACAAAUGUGUUAGCGUAGCAUUUUCAGCACAAAUUUGACCAGCAUUUUGAGCGGCGAGUUGUAUGGUCACAAUUGACUUCAGACUUGCUGAUAUAAAGCUAGAUAGCUCUUAGGCUUGUUUGCUGAAGUUAGGGAAAAUCUGUUAUAUAGGAUUUCGAAGUUUUUUAAAUUUUCGUAAAAAUGCGGUUUUAAAUAUAUGCCGAUAUCUCAAACUUUUUUAUACCCACAAGAAAAUAAAUAUUAUUUCCUUGAAGUUCGAUCAUUCUGUUAUUGAGGAUACCAAAAAUUGGCAUGGAAAUCGGUUAAAUCGUCACAUGCUGAAAAACGCGAUUCAAAAACAUAACCAACACGCAAAUAAGUAUGUUCGGGCCACCUUAAUUUAGUUUUACCAUUAAAAUAGAAAUAUUUUGAUACGUAGAACAAUUCUGUGAACCACUUGGAAUGGAAAAUGGCAGCAUCCCUAGUGAAGCCAUCAAAGCAUCAAGUGAACUUGAUGAACAUCACAGCGCUUCAAGAGCUCGUCUGAACACCAAGCCUGAAGGAGAACUGAUGGGGGCAUGGGUUCCACUUGAAAGUGACGACACCCAGUGGCUCCAGGUGAAUCUUGGAAAGGUGACAAGAAUAUCAAAAAUAGCUACUCAGGGAGACGCUGGUGAAAGUUCUCGUCAUGUAAAACAGUACACUGUCUCCUUUAGCCUAACUGAAGAGGGAUUUGUAUCUUACAGAGAGGACGGAAGUGAAAAGGUACGUGACUCGCACUAUAUCGUAUUGAUCAGCAUUUGAGUCUUGUUCAGAAACUAAGACGUCUUUAGAGGUCACCUAAAAGAGAAAUUCAGUCAUCUGUUAGCGGCAAAAACAUUUUCCUGUAGUGCUUCUCAGGAAGCUCAAGAAGUAGUGGAUCUAGGGAAACACAACAAUUUUCUCGAGCUUAGGUUAUUCAUCGAUGUUCAUGAGCUCUCUUAAAAGCUUGCUCGUGUGUUGUUCAGAUCCUGAGAUUGCUUUAGUGUGGUGAUCUGCUGUUGGUUGGGUCCUCAGGUCCCUCUCUUGUGACUACAUUUUGAAUACCAUUAAGAGCGUAAGAACGACGAUAACGCAUGUUAAAUUAUUUGGAAAACGGUUGAUUUACCAGCUGGUAUAAGACCAAAUAAAAUAUUGUCUAUUUUUGUCUGAGAAACAAAUAGUUUCUACACUCCGCAUGUUCAAAAUGAAGCAGCUUAACAUUACAAAUUUGCGUUCCUAGGUUCUUGAGAGCAACAGUGACCAGGAUACAGUCGUGUCAAAUAGUCUUAAAAGUCCUGUUAUUGCUCAGUUUGUAAGACUACAUCCCAGGACCUGGAAUGAGGCCAUUGCAAUGAGAACAGAGUUUUAUGGAUUCGAUGCAGGUAUGAACAGCUUGUAGUAUGACAUUUCCAAGAUGGAUAAAAUUCAGCAACGUUCAGGACUAUAAUCUGGAAAAAAAGAAAUUCCAUUGUCGCGCCCUACCUAAAUGAAUAAUAAUACUGUCCUAAACUUUCCCCAUGGAAUGAAAGUAGCAGUUGUUAUUUUUUUUUACCAAAAACGUCAUAUUUCCUUGGAAAUGAAAAAGAGCUCAAAUGGUGUACAGCUGCAAAGGACUGGUAUUAUAUUCUUGUGAAGGUACAGUGGCUAACUCCAUUAAUGGGUACCGACUUACAUUGCAUGGUUUUAGAUCGUAACACUUAAUUGUUUGUUUGUUUGUACUUAGAGUCAUACAGUGAACCACUGGGAAUGGAGAAUGGAAGCGUCCCGUCUGAUGCUAUCAAGGCAUCAUCUGAACUUGAGGACAAACACAAUGCUUCAAGGGCUCGUCUGAACUCCAAGCCUGAAGGAGAACUGAUGGGAGCCUGGGCUCCAUCAGAAAGUGAUGAUAACCAGUGGCUCCAAGUUGAUCUUGGGAAGGUUUGCGAGAUAACGAAAAUUGCCACUCAAGGUGGCGGCGAAGGUGUAGAACAUCGUGUAACAAGCUAUGUCUUGUUAUUUGGGGAAGAUCAGGAGAACCUUCACGAAUACAAGGAAAAUGAGGAAACAAAGGUCAAUAUUGUUUCGUUUCGUUUCUUUUUUCUUUUGCAGUCAUUUUAAUGGUUAACCUGUUAUCUUCCAAUAGUGCGUUUGGGUAGGCUCUAUUCAAAGACUUGUCUAAACCGCACCUAUUGAGGGAGACUCAAUUUCCAUUAAGGUGCAUUAUAACAUAGCGCGCGCUCUUGUCCUAUAUCUAAGUCCUAUUUGGUCGCUGUCGAAAAAAUCUCAAUGUACGCACGGCUAUACAUAAUAAGAUGACGUGUUCAGUUGUGUUUAUUAAACUCGGAUUUUCGUCUCUUACUUUCAACGAAGUCUCCAAUAUUCGAAGACAAUGAUGAACAGGUUUCUAGAAUUUUUUGAAUUAAGCUUCUAGCCACUCAAGCUAACAGCAAAAGCGGUGAAAAUGUUUCGCCCAUUACCGGAGCCGGAGUCGUAGAAAAUUCUGGCGCAAAGACUGACAUUCAGGUGGAAUAGGGAACCAAAAAUUGCUCAGUUUCGGAGAACAUCCACGUAUAAAGUUUCCUCUUGUGUCCUCUUGUUUAUCCCUUUAAGAAGAAGUUAAUUAUAAAGUAAUGGCGGAAAAUCAUGCACCUUCGUUGAAACCGAGAAAUCCAAGGAGGAAAAGUUUCUUUUACAAUAACAACUAGACAAAUUACACAACAACUUUACGUCGACAACAAUUUACUACUCACAAAAACAGCGGCAAAAGAACCUAAAAAAGCCUUAUGGCCAGUACAUCUAAGAACGUUUUCUAUUUUUCGCAAAUGAAUACAACGUAAGAAGGCAGUCGUCUUCCCUAAACAACAACGCUACGGUUGCGAGGGAGUACGAGACUAACCGUCUUACAUGUUCUUAUCUUAAAGGUAUUUGAAGGGAACUCUGAUGGAGACACAGUCCUUAGUCACUGGCUGACUCAACCUGUCAUGGCCCGUUACUGUAGACUGAAACCCAAAACAUGGAAUGAACAGAUUGCGUUAAGAUUAGAACUCUAUGGGAAAGUACCUGCAGGUAAUACAUAGAAACCAGUGGAGAGGGGAAAUCACUCCUAUUGUGUAAGGUCUAGAACGAGGUCUAUUUCAGUUUCUGAUAAAGUUUCAAUAUUCAAAACAUUUGCAUUAUACUGUGUUAUAUUACUAGUACCCAUGGUGACUUCCAAUGUUGUUAAUGCAAAUGAAUUUUUUUGUUGCUUACUACUUGCUAAAUAUUUUCUUAAGCUACCAAUCGCUGACAUCUCCAGAAACUCAGAGGAGGCAGUCUUGUAUCUGAAAACAAUUACUUCUCUUUGGUAACCUUUCAUUAAAGAAUUUUUAGAUUUCAGCGCGGCCAGUUAUGUGUUGUGGUUCAUAUUUCAUUCUCCUUUGUGAGUUUAAAACAGAAGAAUAUACCAAGGAUGAAAUAAACCACAAAAUCUAGCAGUUCGUCUUUGUUUGGUAGGAGUAGCAAAAAUGCAUUUUUCACCCCCCUUUAUAAGUCUGCUCACAAUCUCUACUGUUUUAAUGGCUUGCGAAGUGUGAAAUUCGGUAAUUUGUAGUAGGUUUGUCACUGACCGUAAUUAGGUUAAUGUAAACAUAAAUGAAAAACAUGAAAUGAUCCAUCAUUUAAGCUUCAACAUCGUACAAACUGAGUUAAACAUAUGCUUGCUUUUUUUACCUUAAGAGCUAAUGUUAAUAGUCAUUCUCACACCCCAAGGAGUGGUUCAUAUCGUAAAAAAGGAAGAUGCAGUCAGUUAACGUAAAUGCUUCUAUUACUUUCAAAAUCGAGACGCUGAUUUUAAACUACAGUUUUGUCUUGUAACUUACAAUCUUAACUAGUUUCUUGAAAAUGACUGUUUUGUAAUUUGUAGCAUUAUUUAACAAACUUGUCUCUAACAAGUUGAAUAACAAAUCCCCAGAUUUUGUGAGAAGGAAGAAAAUCAUGUAAUAACAAAAGAAAGUGUGGGUAAAGGACAACUAUGAUAACAGUUGGUAAAGCUAUCAGGUCGGCUCUUCCUAUCAUUGCGAAGCAUCGUGUCAUUUGAUUUUGAUUUCGUGUCAAGUUGUAUCUAUUUAAUAGAUCCCAUUGUAAUAAAUUGAUACGACAUUCUUGACAAUCUAACAUAAUUACAAUAAUUACUACUAAUCAUUUGGUCCAGGAAAUCAGAGUGAAAGAGAUGACUCAGAAAUAAAAUAUACAUAAACAUGUUUGUCUUUUGAUAUUUUAUUGCCUUCAUCCUAUCGUACAGGUAAAGAGCUCUCUAAAUGAUUAAACUGAGUGACGGACUUACUUUGGAUAUUACUAAGACCAUCAUUCACUGAAAAGAUAAAAGUAUUCAUUUAUUAAGAAACUUCAACAAGGAGUAACUAAAUUGACAUAAUCACUUCCACGUUACAUGUUCAAACUAACCAUAACCUGCUAAAUUUCCUCUGAACAUAACGUUAUGACCAGCAUGUGAAUGCAACAGAUAGAUCAAGGUUACUCGUUAAGAAACUCGGUAAGUUUGAGAAAUAUUUUGUUACCAUUUAUGAUGUUGCACGGCACUUAGUGUACUUUAAUGAAAACCUUAAACACCGUCUAAGUAAAUUUGCAUUGAAUCAAGCGUCAGCGUUAGAUGGAAGUUGUUCAUGAAAACCAGAACCACAGUAACAGACUAAGUAAAAAUAACACCCUUCAUAGUGCUAAGCGUAUUUACUUUUCGGUAGCGAGUUGGUUUAACAGAGUUUAUCCAGAACUAACAGAUUGACCACCUCUUUUGGAUGUUGAUUUUUAAGUACAGUGUCGUUCUUUAUUUUUUCUCACUAAAAGAGCAAAAGAAAGCGUUGACUAUUCUUUACCUAGGGCUCUAAAACGUUGUUGUUUUAAAAUGAUCUUCAAGGCAACAAGUUAUCUUCUUUUAGUGCAGCUAGCACUUUUUCUUUCUUCAGUGUUCUGGUCCUCUUUAAAAUUGAAAACGGACUUUUUUCGGCUUGUUUGAUCAUUUUACGCUUUAAUAUUUCAGAUAAGUCGCAAGCCACUGGCCACCAACAAGAGAAACAUGAUCAGCUUGAUGUGACAGCAGAAAAUGUUACUGUCGAACAGGGUGAACCGAAAGAUGAGGAGUCUGCUGCUGUGAGUCAGCAAGCACCAGAGACAGAAACCAUUGAAGGCCAACAAGAGGAAGCUCAGGCGACUGAAGAAGUUAAAGAGGUUGCAAAUGAUGAAAGCAAGCCAGAUGAUAGUCAAGGGUCGGAACAAGUUAGCGAGAACGCUGGUGCUGAAAGCAAACCAGACGAUGUUCAGACAACAGAGAAUGUUAGUGAAGAAGUCAAACCUGAUGAGGGUUCUCCUUCUGAAGACGUGAAAGGUAGUGUAAAUGAUGAGGUUAAACCAGAGAAUAAUCAAAGCUCUGAAGAAGGUAAUGAAAAUGCGAAUGAUGAAAGCAAGCCGGUCGAGGCUCAGGCAGCAGAGGAAUCCAAGGAGACAGUUGCUGAUGAAGUGAAGCCUGAUGAUAGUCAGAAAACGGACGAUGUUGCCAAAGAUGAAAAUAGUGGCCAGGCAGAGAAGGAAGAACAACAAACUGAAGGUGAGGAAACAAAGUGAACGAACUCUUCUCAUCGAUCGCGACUUCCUGUGUUU